AUGGUCUUAAAACAGUUGCUAACUUAUAUACGUCUAUUUUGCUCAAUUCGAUAUGUUGUUAAAUUCCUACCAACUGGUUCAUUAGCUCCAAGAUUAAAUAUUCCUAGUCAAGUAUUAAAUAAGAACUCAGAACAGUAUGAUGACUGUGAGUGUUCAUCAAUAGAUUCUAAUGUGGUGUAUACUUCAAGUUAUUCAGAUUUUAUGGAAAAUAGUGAUUGUGAUGGUGAUCAUUAUGAUGAACAAAAUCAAAAUCCACAUUUAGAUUCGUUACAUUAUUGUAGUGAAAAUCGUGACAUUGUUUCAAAUCCUUUUUCUACUUCUAGUUCAAUUAAAAGUUCGAAAAAUUAUCAAACAGCUGAUAUUCCAGUGCAUUAUAUUGGUUCAUUUUCCAAUGCGCACAAUAAUUUACCAAACUUUCAAACAAAAUCUGUAAAAAGCAAUACCAAUGAUAAUGAUAAUCGGAAAUUAAUUGUAAAAUCAGCAAGCAAAACUCAGUACAAUAAUGAUAAGUAUCGUCGAAGAAAAAUAAGAGGAAAACGAUUUGAAAAGUCUACUAAAAAUAAUGGCAAAUUUUAUGAUAAUAGUAGUAGUAGUAAUACUUCAGAUACUACAGACAGCUCCGAUGAUCAUCUUCAUUCAUCACCUAAAUCAAAUCGUAUUUCACAAUUGGAACUUGAAAUUUCUCAUUUAAGAUCACAAGUUGCUCAGUUAAUUUUAGCUCAAGAAUUUGGUAAAUCAAGUAUAUCUGAUGUAGAUCGAGAUCGUUUUAUUCAUCGUCCUGAUGCAGAUGGUGAAAGUGAUACUACUGCUUUCUCUGGAUCACCUAAUGGUUUAUUGAAACGUGAUAAAAUAGAUCUUCACAAUAAUCUUUCAGGAUUUGCUAUUCCUUCAGCUAGUUCAACUUGUUCAACAUUAAUAAUCGCAUCUACACCAUCUAUGCCUUCUUGUCCUCCUCCGCCGCCUCCUCCUCCCCCACCGCCGCCGCCACCACCACCACCGUUCACGAUUUCGUCAGCUGCAUUACAAGAAGCAAAUGGUAGUAGUAGUAAUUGGAGAGAACAAUUACAAGCAAAGCUGAGAAGUAAAAAGAAUAAUAAUUCCCUCGAUAAAACAUCUACACCAAUGAAAAGUAGUAAUUUGUCAACAGUACAUAAUCCUGCUGAUAUGUCACAAGUGUUAAAAGAAUUACAAAGUGGAUCUAUUAAAUUGCGUUCAAUACCAAGAUCACCAGGUGGUACACCUAUCAAACAAAAACAAUCUCCUACAAUCAGUGGCACUGAUCCAUGUGCAAUUAUCGCUCGAGCAUUACGUUCAAAAUUUUCACAUCUUCGUUCUAUAAUGGACAAUUCUACUAGUGACAAAGAAGAAGUCUGUCGGUCAGAUAUUCAUCUUGACUCUGGUAUAUGGAAUUAGAUUUCAAGAUGUUUGGUCACUUUGACCUAAUAGUUCUUCUACACAUUCAGUUGUAUAUAUUUUCUUUUGUUAAAAUUUCGUUUUCGACUUGUUAAUAAACAUAUAUAUAUAUUAUGAUGAGCGAACAACACAA